UUCGUUUACACCAUCAACGAUGCAUAUAAAACAGGUCAUCAUCCAGGGCUUCAAGAGCUACCGGGAGCAAACCGUCGUGGAGCCCUUCGACAAACGCCACAACGUAGUCGUGGGUCGCAAUGGUUCGGGCAAGAGCAAUUUCUUCUACGCGAUUCAGUUUGUGCUCAGCGAUGAGUUUACGCAUCUUCGACCGGAACAGAGGCAAGCCUUGCUACACGAAGGAACAGGUCCCCGGGCCAUGUCCGCUUACGUGGAAAUCAUUUUCGACAACUCGGACAACCGUGUACCGAUCGAUAAGGAGGAGAUCUAUCUUCGCCGUGUGAUCGGCGCCAAGAAGGAUCAAUACUUUCUCAACAAGAAAGUGGUCCCGCGGUCGGAAGUGGUCAAUCUGCUCGAAUCGGCCGGCUUUUCCAACUCCAACCCGUACUACAUCGUGAAGCAGGGUAAGAUCAAUCAGAUGGCAACGGCACCCGACUCGCAUCGUUUGAAAUUGCUCCGUGAGGUGGCGGGAACACGCGUGUACGACGAGCGUAAGGAAGAAUCGAUGAAUUUGCUGCGCGAAAGUGAAGGAAAGCUGGAAAAGAUUUCCGAAUAUUUGCGCACGAUCGAGGAUCGGCUGAAGACGCUGGAGGAGGAAAAGGAGGAACUGUCCGAGUACCAGAAAUGGGACAAAGCGCGCCGUACGCUCGAGUACGUCAUCUAUGAAACGGAGCUGAAGGAAACGCGCAAACAGCUGGAAGAGCUGGACACGCAGCGCAAAUCGUCCGGCGACAAGCAGCUGCUGCUAACGCAGGAAAUUCAAAAAGCACAGGAACGGCUUAAAAAUGCGCAAAAAUCGUUAAAAGAUGCCAAGAAGGAUGUAGUUACGGCGAAGGACGAAAAGUCUGUGCUAGCGACCGAACAUCAGCAACUGUUGCGUGAGAAAACCAAGCUUGAUCUAACGAUUUCUGACCUUUCGGACGAGGUACAGGGCGAUAACAAAUCAAAAGAACGAGCCGAACAGGAACUCGAGCGUCUGAAGAUCACGAUCGCAGAGAAGGAGAAAGAGCUGGAACAGGUGCGCCCACGGUACGAAGCGAUGCGUCGCAAGGAGGAAGAAUGUUCCCGGGAGUUGAAUUUGAAGGAACAAAAGCGCAAAGAGCUGUACGCUAAGCAGGGCCGUGGGUCACAGUUCUCGUCAAAGGAGGAGCGUGAUAAGUGGAUCCAGGGUGAGCUGAAAUCGUUGAACAAACAGAUUAAGGAUAAGAUAUCGCACCAGAACAAGCUGCAGGAUGAUCUGAAGAAGGACAUUGCGAAGCAGAGCGAGCUGGAGAAGAAAAUCCAGGAGCAUACGGAAUCGUUCGAGCAGCUGCGCGUUCAGAUCGACGAACAUAAUAAGAACUUUUACGAGUUGAAGAAAAAAAAGGAUCACUACCAGAGUUUGCGCAACGAUAUCUGGAAGAAGGAAACGGCCGUUACACAGACGUUGUCGGGGUACAAGGAAGAACUGGCCCGUGCAGAUCAAGCACUUCGAUCGAUGGCCGGUAAACCGAUCCUUAAUGGGCGUGACUCGGUGCGCAAAGUGUUGGAAAGCUUCCAGCAGCGUGGUCGUGAGUUUGCAGAUAUUGCCAACGCCUACUACGGUCCGGUGAUCGAGAACUUUAACUGUGACAAAUCGAUCUACACCGCCGUCGAGGUGACGGCCGGUAAUCGUUUGUUUCAUCAUAUCGUCGAAUCGGACCGUGUCGGUACACAAAUUUUGAAGGAAAUGAACAAACAAAAGCUGCCCGGUGAGGUGACGUUCAUGCCACUGAAUCGUCUCCAGGUAAAGAUCCACGAUUAUCCCGAAGACCCCGACUCCAUUCCGAUGAUAUCGAAGCUAAAGUACGAAGAGCAGUACGAUAAGGCGUUGCGAUAUAUUUUCGGCAAAACGCUCAUCUGUCGUAAUUUGGAGCGUGCUACGGAGCUGGCCAAAAGUACCGGACUCGACUGUGUGACGCUCGAGGGUGAUCAGGUAUCGUCCAAGGGUUCGCUUACCGGUGGGUACUUCAACACGUCCCGUUCCCGGUUGGAGAUGCAAAAGAAGCGCUCCGAGUACAGUCAGCUGCUGCAGGAGCACGAGAAAGAGUUGGCCGACUUUCGGAGCGAGUUGAAGCAAACCGAGGCGAACAUUAACUCGAUCGUGUCGGAGAUGCAAAAGACGGAAACGAAGCAGGGCAAAUCGAAGGAUGCGUUCGAGAAGAUACAGGCCGACAUACGGUUGAUGAAGGACGAGCUGUCGCGCAUUGAACGGUUCCGCAGUCCGAAGGAACGUUCGUUGGCCCAGUGUAAGGCGAAUCUGGAGGCGAUGACCAGCACGAAGGAGGGUUUGGAGAAUGAGCUGCAUCAGGAACUAAUGUCGCAGCUGUCGGUGCAGGAUCAGCACGAGGUGGAUUCGCUGAACGAUGAGAUCCGUCGGUUAAAUCAGGAAAACAAAGAAGCAUUCACAUCCCGUAUGAGCCUCGAGGUGACGAAGAACAAGCUGGAGAAUUUGCUCACCAACAAUCUGUUCCGUCGCAAGGACGAGCUGGUACAAGCGCUGCAGGAAAUCUCCGUCGAGGAUCGUAAACGUCAGCUGACGAACUGCCGGAACGAGGUGGUCGCGACGGAAAAGCGCAUCAAGAAGGUACUCUCCGACACGGAGGAGGUCGAUCGGAAGCUAAGCGAGGCGCUCAAGUUGCAGAAAACACUCCAGAAGGAGCUCGAAACGUGGAUCCAGAAGGAGAAGGAAGCGCAGGAAAAGCUGGAAGAGGACGGUAAGCGGAUGGAAAAGUGGGCCACCAAGGAAAACAUGUUGCAUCAGAAGAUUGACGAAUGUACGGAAAAGAUUGCCGGGCUGGGUGCGUUACCGAAUGUGGACGCAAGCUAUCAGAAGAUGUCGUUGAAGUCAUUGUUUAAGGAGCUGGAAAAGGCGAACCAGCAUCUGAAGAAGUAUAACCAUGUGAACAAGAAGGCACUGGAUCAGUUUUUAAGUUUUUCCGAGCAGAAAGAGAAGCUGUACAAGCGUAAGGCUGAGCUGGACGUGGGCAAGGAUAAGAUUUGCGAGCUAAUGCAAUUGCUGGAGGCUCGUAAGGUGGAAGCGAUCCAGUUCACUUUCCGUCAGGUGGCGGCCAAUUUUUCCGAGGUAUUUAAGAAGCUUGUUCCGCAAGGCAAUGGGCAUCUGAUCUUGCGUACUACGAACGAUGCCGAGGGUAACGAUAUGGAGCGUGAGGUAGAAACGUCCGACGAAUUUACCGGGAUCGGUAUCCGAGUGUCGUUUACGCAGGUCGAUGCGGAGAUGCGUGAAAUGAAUCAACUGUCCGGUGGGCAGAAAUCGUUGGUAGCGUUGGCGCUCAUCUUCGCCAUCCAGAAGUGUGAUCCGGCACCGUUUUAUCUGUUCGAUGAAAUUGAUCAAGCGUUGGAUGCGCAGCAUCGCAGUGCGGUCGCGGACAUGAUACACGAGCAGAGCGAUCGGGCCCAGUUCAUUACGACCACGUUCCGGCCGGAGCUGAUGGAGAAGGCGCACAAGUUCUAUGGCGUGCGGUUCCGGAACAAGGUAAGUCAUGUGGAUUGUGUGACAAAGGAGGUGGCGCGGGACUUUGUCGAUGAUGAUACUACGCACGGUUAG